AUGCUUCCCACACUCCUUUCCGUCUUCCGCCGGGACUGCAAUGGCGACGAGACCAUGUCCAGCUGCACAAAGCCCACCAGCUCCGCAGUAACCAUCGGCAUUCCCGCCGCGAUAACAGGAGUUCUCCUCCUAGCUGCCAUGGUUGUCCUGAUAGUCCUCCGCCGGAAGCGCAUAGCCAAAGAAAACCGUGAAGACCUGGAAGAUCGUCAACGCAGUUCAGGCUUCUAUGCCCGCUACGCGACACAGCGCUUCGGCACUGAGGGAGCACCACCACCAUCGAAUGGACGUCCAUAUGCUUCCGAGUCGCGACGUAGCUCCGGCGAAUCGAUCUAUGAUUUUAAGCAGGAUCACGGCCCCUAUCACCUUGCUCAAUUCCCUAGUCACGAGCCACAGGUGCAAAAGCCCGUGGCUGCGAAGGUGGUUGUGUAG